AUUUCACAUGCCAUUAAAAAAUAUGUUCGACUUGGAUUUGAUAUAGAAACUGGUCAAGAUAUUGAAAAUGCAAUUCAGGGAAUUCGAGGAACUUCUGUAUCAAAUUUACAACCUAAUCGUGAUAGAGGAAGUGGAAGCAAUACACUACCUGGAAACUCUAAUUGGUUUGAAUGGCAAUGGCCAAUUGAUGGAGAGUUUGAAGGUUGUAUACUAGCACGGUCUAUUCCAAAUAUUAGUGAUUGGACAGUAUUUACCCAAACGCAAUUGAACAAGUUGCAAAAAUCAGCCCAUUAUCUUAUUCUGGAUAAACAUAUCGAAGAUAUUAUUUUAGAUAACAAAGAACCAGUUCAAUCAGAAAAAACAGCUACAUUUGUCACUACUCAAACAUCUGUUGCUCCUAACAUUACUAAUAGCAAACUUAAAUUACCUAAUUUUUCAUCAAUCUUUGCAACGGCUAUUAAUAUUUUUCGUACCUUAAAAAAUCUGCAUCCUAGCACGAAGAUCAAUAGAGGGAAUAAAUGCAAUAAAGCUAAUCGAUUAUCAAAGGAAAACCUAGUAAAGCAAUUACAUUCAAGAUGUGUGGAAAUUAAUGGAAAAGAAAAUAAAUAUGAGUUAGUAGAAAAAUUAGAAUCAAAUUUAAUGAUGAACACGCAUACAAUUGAAGUAUUCCCAGAUAUGACGAAUAUUAAAACCCAACU